AUGGCAGGGUCGCAAGAGCAGCAACAGGAACUGGAACUGUUCAAAGCAGAGGCAACUAGGGAGAACCCGGAGGAUUUUGUGCAGUUCGGUGCAAACUACUUCAACAAGCGGCUCGAGGUGCAACGGGCCUUCGUUAAGAGACAGGAGAAACUGGCCCUGUCUAAGAAUAUAGUGCUGUUUCCAAGACGUGCCGGCGGUGGUGCUGGGUCACUGUCCCACAGUAACAGUGGGUCAGCGACCUCGCUGGCUGAGGAGUCGGCAAGGGGCGCGAGUGUCUCCUUUAAGUCCCCGUUCCAGGAUAAUGAUCCAAAGGCGAAAGAGGAUGUCUCUGCGUCUCCAUCUGCCACUGAUUUGAAGUCCGGUAGUAGUGGUGGUGGUGGUGGGUUGUUUAAAGGUGGGUUUGAUAUUGGGAAAGAUGCUAGUGGCGGUGACUCGAGAAAGAGAGUUAACUCUCCGUUGGACCCAGCAUCAAUGACUCAAAAAAGACAGAACUCUCCCCCACCAGCGGAUGCACACCCUGUUCCACAACAACAACAACAGAGACCCAUUGCGUUCAAUGCGGAUAGAAGAACUUCCGUCUCAGGGGAGACACUGCAUCCUAACCUGUUUGAUGACUGGGUGCCAGAACACUACAAGGAGAAGUCCAGUGAACAACUGCAUAGGUUGGAGAAAUCUAUAGGGAAGAACUUCUUGUUCAACAAGCUGGACGCAGAUUCAAAGAGACUGGUUAUAAACUGUCUAGAGGAGAAACACGUCGCCAAGGAUGCAAUCAUCAUCAAACAGGGGGAAGAGGGGGACUACUUCUAUAUCGUCGAGAACGGGACCGUGGAGUUCUAUGUCGGGGACCACCGUGUGAGUACCUCCGGGCCCGGUUCAUCCUUUGGUGAACUGGCCCUCAUGUACAACAACCCUCGUGCCGCCACAGUGGUCGCGACAAGUGACUGCAUACUGUGGGCCCUUGACAGACUCACCUUCAGAAAGAUCCUGUUGGGGAACUCGUUCAAGAAGCGGGUCAUGUACGAUGAUUUGCUGAAGUCCAUCCCCGUGCUCAAGUCCUUGACUACUUACGAGAGAAGUAAAUUGGCUGACGCACUGGACACGCAGAUCUUCGAACCGGGGAGCACGAUCAUCCGCGAGGGUGAGUCGGGGGAGAAUUUCUACCUCAUUGAGUAUGGUGAGGUAGAAGUGUCCAAGAAGGGGGAAGGCGUAGUCAAUACACUACACAAGGGGGACUACUUCGGUGAGAUCGCCCUACUAAAGGAUAUUCCUCGUCAGGCAACGAUCCGCACUACAAAGAGAACGAAAGUGGCGUCUUUGGGGAAGAGCGGGUUUGAAAGACUCCUGGGGCCCGCACUAGACGUUCUCAAACUCAAUGACCCAACAAGGAAACAGCCCACUGAGAAGAAAUAG